UUCUGUAUGAUGCUAAUCGGCCAAAAAGGUAUUGAUCCCUAACUGAGCGCUAUCAGAUCAAAUCAUAGCUAGUCGGCCGAAAGUCAAAGCAAAGGAACCUUAAGCAAUUCUUGCGGAAGAAAGAGGUUCUUAGAGUAUCUUUCAUUCUAAAGGAAUCCUGUAUUGACAUAUCAAAAAGCCGAUGAGAGCAAAAUGGCAAAUGCAGAUGACGGGCCAAUGGGCAAAAAUAAACGAGAAAAUUUAAGAAAGGUAAGGGAGCAGUUGCAAGACAUGGAUUCAAGGCAAGUCUUACAAAGGAUGUCAACAAUAAGCAAUAAAAAAAACAUCCCCUUAGUUUUUACUGGGCAAGACGAAGAACGGAUAUUAGGGAUCCUCGAUGACUUUGAGAGAAGUAACAGCCUCGUAGCAGCUUUACAAAAACGUGGUGAUAGAGCCUAUGACAUAUUCCGGCAGGCGCUUGAAGAGGUUCAUCCACAUCUUAAAAAUAUUCUUCCCGGAGGUGAAAAUGAGGUUGCAGACUUUAAAGAAAAGGAGAAAGAAGGGCGAAAAAAAGCUUCUCGAACAGAGCAAAGUUAUGAGACAUCUCAAACGACAACCCAGCCAGCAAGUGGGGUUAAAGAUACUCAGUUUAGUUGCUCCUCCUCCAACCAACCUGAAACUCUUUCCCAAGCCAGUUUGUUUCAGCUGCAAGGACCAAGACUGGAAAAGACUGUGAACCGUUAUCGCUUCGCGGAGUUUUGGCAAGUGUUGAACGCCAUUUGA